UUUAGUCACCGUCUGCCGCUGUUUGGUUUAUUUACUGCCAAACCACACCGAAUGUCUGUAGGUGACUCGCAAAUAAAAUCUCAUUGACUGUGACCAGCGCACUUGAGCCCGGGAAUGAUGCCAUCAAACGGGCUUCUUCAUUGGAGCUCACCAUAGUAAAAUUUUGAAUAGAAAAUCCGGGUGCCUUUAUAAUUCUAAAAGAAGAAGCAAGCGUUUAAAUUCUUCUCAGUCCCCUAAAACUUUUUAACAUUCCACGAUUCCAUUUAAAUAGGUAUGACAUCCAAUAGUAAAAAAAACUGUAAAUAAAGAGUAAAAAUGAUUUUGACGUGAUAAUAUAUUGUCUUGCUUCGAGCUCCUCUUCCAUCGUGUUUCUUAAUUUUAUCGGCAAAGGGCGUGUCUUACCGGCUGAUUAAUAUUCAUAGUUAUUUGCAUAACCUUGCCUCCAUAGGCCACGAGAUGAAUCCUGUCAAAGUGGCAAAGCUGCGUGAGUGACAGCGACACCGAAUCGCUGAAGGUUAUUUAUUAGCGUAGCCCAGUAACCUCCGAGAAGAAAAAGGACAAAAGACGAGAGAAAGUGACCGCACUCGUAAAGCAUGAGCCCCGAAAACAAUGAGCCAACCCGCCGGCAGUGAAGCGCAGAGGCAAAAUGACUCGGGAGACCAAGACCAGGAGCGAGCGGCGCCUCCGAAAGAACACGGCAGUGAUGUUCUUACUGGGCUCGAGGAAGAAGACGAAGCGGAUGAAACUGACGAUGUGCAGAAAGGAAGGAGGAAGCACGUCUCUCUAUUAUUGUGCCACUGGCACCGGCGAGAAGAUCCGAGCCGGGCACGGACAGCGGAGAACCGCGGCACUCAAGACACAGAAAGGAAGCAUACCUGUGUUGCCAUUGGUUUGGUCUAUGCCUUGAUGGCAUCACUUUUAUUUUCAGUGGUUGCUCUUUUAGCAAAGAAGAUAGAAGGGGUCCAUGCAGUGGAAAUUAGUGCAAUCCGAUGUUUCUUCCAGAUGCUGUUUGUGCUUCCUGCCCUUAUAUAUUACAAAAUUGGAUUUUUGGGACCAAGGAACCAAAGAAUCUUUCUGUUUCUGAGAGGGUUUCUGGGUGCAGGUGCAAUGAUUCUUUUCUUCUAUGCUGUACAACAGAUGCCCCUGGCUGAUUCAACAGUUAUCGUAUUCAGUAAUCCUGUCUUUACGGCAAUACUGGCAUGGAUUUUCCUUAAGGAAAAAUGCACAAUAUGGGAUUUCAUUUUCAUCAUUUUCACACUGGCUGGUGUUGUUCUGAUUGCACGGCCCCCAUUUCUCUUUGGCUCCCAUGCAACUGGAAUGGAUGGAGAAUAUACCAAUCAUAUUAAAGGAACAGUUGCUUCUUUUCUAGGUGCAGUGUGUGUGGCAUCCACAUUCGUUGUUCUCAGGAAAAUGGGAAUGAGUGUACAUUACUACUUGUCUGUGUGGUACUAUGCUGUUGUUGGUUUUAUUCAGUGCAUGAUUCUGUUAAUUAUCAUUCAGGAUUGGAGUCUACCUUUUUGUGGCAUAGACAGAUGGCUUUUGAUCUUAAUAGGUCUUCUGGGCGUAUGUGGCCAGACCAUGAUCACUAAAGCACUACAGCAUGAAAAAGCUGGCCCUGUUGCUCUAGUGAGAACCAUGGACGUAGUAUUUGCUUUUAUAUUGCAGUUUAUUUUUCUUAAUCAGAGUCCAACUUGGUGGAGUUUGGGUGGGGCGCUAUGUGUGAUUGGCAGCACAAGUGGAGUUGCUCUUCAUAAAUGGGUUCAAAGUGUACGAAAAAGGUAAACCUGAAUUGAGCGUAGCCUCUUAAAAUUCAUGCAUAAGCAUAGUUUACAUUUAUACUAAGCUAUCGUAAUAUUAAGGUGCUACAUACUUUAAUAUUCAUUUAAGUCGAUUGUUUAAAAGAAUAAAAAAAACUAAUUUUAAGGGGGAAUUUCCAUUUAUUUUUAUGUGCACUAUUUUUAAGUCCAGCUUGUAAUUGUUGUAUGUUCUUUGAAUGGUUUUUAGUUUUCCAUCUUUUCCGUCAGUCACCUCAUACUGUAGCCUCUCUUUGCAGUUUAGGCCUUCAUUUUCAUAAAAAUGCUGUUAUGGUCCGCCAUCACAUGCAUCCAUCCCUAAAGGUGCUUAGUUUGUCUUAUAACCUUAAAAUUAUAUGCAUUUAAAAGAGCUAGACAGGUAUGCAAUCAGCAUAACAUAAAUGCACUUAAUAAUCUGUCAUUUUAUGUGGUAUGUUGCAUUCAGAAGAAAUGCUUAUUUUAUCUGAUUAAACUACUAUAAGUUUCACUAUGUAGUGAAUUGUACUUUGGUUUAAUUUCUUAUCUUACUAUAAAGUUUUAUUACACUACAUAUGGCUGAAAAAACAAACCAUAAAGAGUCAGGGUUGUUUGCAGAUAAAAUAUUAGUCGUUCUACAAAGCUUUCUGUUUAGUUUAUAGAAAUUAGUGUAGAGUAAAAUGGAGAGAACAGUAUUUAAUUGUUUUUAAAUAUGCAAAUGUUUAUUGUUUGCCCAUUUUAUAACUUGCCACUUUAAGACUGCAAUAUUUUAUGAAAUUCUGAAAUAUUUUAAAAUACUUCUGUGGUUUUAUGUAAGUGCUAAUACAAAAAAGAAAAAUAAGAAAAAUGU